AUGGUUGGGUUUUAUAUGCCAAACUCGACUCGGGCUCUCCGACCCAACUUCAAGCAGACUUCUCCGAGGCUCGUGGGUCUUCUCCGAUCAGGGCAGGCCGUUGAUACGUCGGGUUUCAAAGCUAGUGCAGUUACAUUCAUUCUUUUGCUACUGGGGAAUACCCACGAGUUAUUCUUUAUGCUGCCAACCAUGAAGGUUACCAGCCUCUCCGCCAUUCUGGCGCUCUCUCUUUCCGCCCACGCUCUAUCUAACGGUUUCGUGGGCUGCUACUCAUCCUCCGGCAGCUUGGUGAACAAGGGCUCCAGUCAAUUUCAAUCCACGGGAUUAUGCACAAGUACUUGCGGUCGCAAUGGUGCGAGAUACGCUGCUACCACAAAUAGCGUUGACUGCUACUGUGGCUCUUCGCUGCCUCCGAGCGCGAAGCUCGUCUCCCAGUCAGAGUGCAAUGUCAACUGCCCAGGAUUUCCAGAGGACCAUUGUGGAGGCAAUGGCUUCUGGUCCGUUCACCAGACCUAUAUCACGGGCGAUGCCGUCGACGGCGGCGACAACAACAACAACAACAACAACAACAACAACACAGAUGAUGGGGAUGGGGACAGCGAUUCGGGCGACAACUCUGGGAGUGGUCCAGACGAUGGCCCUGGUAGUGGUCUCGGGGAUGGCCCAGAUAAUGGUCCAGGCAAAGGCCCAGGUGGCGGCCCGGAAACGACGAUGGCAUCCAGCUUCACCGUUUAUCCCACUCCUUCUGCAGUCAUUACGGUGACAGCUGUGACCGGCACCAGCUCCCCAUCUGCCACUCUCCCGAGCAAGGAAUCGUCCAGUGUCUCCGUCGCGACGGUGUCUCCAACCACAGCCACCUCGGGGGCCAGCCGGCGAUUCCGGUUCUUGUUUUUCUAA